AUGGCCAACAUUGCAACUGUGAUUAUCCCACCAAAUACUCCGGAGUUUUGGUAUGAACUCGAGAAGAACCAGUGGAUCCACCCCGAAAUGGGUGUGGAUGACCAGGUUGGACUUCAAUUGAAAGGCAGCUCUCGAAGAUCUCAUGGUGCCAAUCAUAUUUUGCGUUCAAUUGGACACGGUCAGGCUGGUGGUUUGGGUUUGAAGAAGAAGCAUCUGGCCCAAAUGCCCGAUAUCAAGCCCGAUGUCAUGAAGAUUGGCAAUAAACGUGAUGGGUUGGCCUCAUCCGACAUGGUGGAUAUCAAACCGGACUUGAAGAAGAUCAAGGUCGAGCAAAUUUGA